UCCACGUCAACAGAGCGAAUAGGCGCGCAAGGUAGGAAAGGCGACCUGGUGGCCGAUGGUAAAGAUGGCGGCUGCGGAUGGCGAGCCGGGCAGAAUGAGCAUAAAAGAAAAGGCAAAGCUGCAAUUAAGGAAGCUUGACAUUGGAGACAGAUUUUCCAACAUUCAAUUACCAAAAGCUUCAGUUCUUAUUCCAUUGAUGGUCAAAGAUGGAAAGCUGUGUCUUCUUUUCACUGUUAGAUCAAUGAAGUUGAGAACAUCUCCAGGAGACGUUUGCUUUCCAGGAGGUAGAAGUGAUCCAGCAGACACAGAUGAAGUUGCCACAGCUCUUCGAGAAGCUAAAGAAGAAGUGGGUCUUCUUCCUGAACAGGUGGAAGUCAUCUGUAGACUUGUUCCUGGAAUAGAUAAAACUCAUUCUAUCGUAACUCCAGUUGUAGCCCUCAUAGAAGACACUUUUCAAGCCCAACCAAAUCCAGAAGAAGUCAGUCAUGUGUUCUCAGUGCCACUGGAAUAUUUUAUACAUCCCAGGAAAUACAGUGUUGUGCCUUUACAAAGAAAUGGACACGUUCCAUAUUUGAUGCAUUUCUUUGAAUACAAUGACCCAGAGCAUCAGAUGUCAUUUACCGUGUGGGGAUUGACUGCACGUUUUGCAGUCUUUGUUGCUGUUGCCAUUUAUGAGGAGAAACCGACAUUUGAAGUUGAAUUUGACCUGGAUAAUUUGAAUUCUUCAGUUGAGAAAUACUUGAUGAUGCGCUACAAUAGUAUAAAAAGCAAACUUUGACAGGGAUUUGGCUUGGUCAGUGAUGCUGCAGAAUUAAUCAUUCACAUGGGUCAGAUAUUUUAGGUAUGUAUGGCCUUGUAUUAAGGCACUCUUUCACUUAAAGCAUUGCAGUCGUAAUUGUUCUAUAUUUUUUUCAUAGCGAUAUCGGAAUCAUAGCUGAUGGAUGUGGUAUGUUCAUCGCAAGAUACUCUAUUACACAACUCACAUUUCUGUUUAUUAAGUCCGGAAGCAGGUGUUUCUUGGUUAUGCCUCUGAUAUUACAGAACUGCCAGUUUUAAAAGCUCCAGGAAGUAAUCAGUAGCGUAGCUACUUAUAUUGAUUUUAUUUAGAACCCUUAGCAUGUGGUUGUUGCCUUCUCUUGCAUUUUUCUUCUAGCCCUUUUUUCAAUCUAGAAAUUUAGCUUCUUUUCCUUCAGGAACGGAGCAUCUAAAACUUAAUGUCCAUUCAAGGUUGAAAGACAGCUGCUUCUGAAAUUUUACUGGCACAUGAAUGGUGGCGAAGUUUUAAAAUUCUGGCUUUUUUAGUUGCCUUGUUUGGCCACCAAAUAAAUUUGAAGCAUCUUCCUUUCCAAUUUUCGUAAGGCUGGGGACAAGAGAGAAUUUUGUAGCAGGUUAGAGUAAGUGCUUCUCAACAGUAUAAGUGAGGGAGCACCAGAAAGUUCAGCCUAACUACUAGUAAUCUGUCUUAAGCAUCGUUUACAGGCUUACCCUUGUUAGGAAGCGUCUGCCAGUAAGAUUUAAACCAUUUUUGGUUGUAAAAACCACAAUUUAUCCUAACGUUCACCAAAACCUAGGAGAUGGACAGGGUCUCAAGUCCAACCUUUUUUUUUUUUAAAGAAUACUGUUGUAAAUGUACGUCAGCCUCCUUAAUUCCACCUGCACCCAUACUAUUUUUCCAGUUACAGGUUAUGCCAAGAGCCUAAAAAAAUGAAGUGGGGGGGGGGAAAUCCCUCCAGGAGUUGAGAAAAUAUGUGAGGGAAAAGAGUGUUUUUGUUCGAAAACUGAAUUAUAAAAAAGAAGCAAACAUCCAGGUAGGGGCUGGAGAGAAUGAGGGAAGGUUCAUAUAGGAACCUGCAGACGGAGUAGGAUUUAACUAUUGUAAUUACGUCUCUUGUCUACCAAAGUUGUUGCCAUAGUAAUUUGGUUUGGCUGAGAAAUUAAAAUGUAAAACCUCUACCCAUGGAGCAAGUCCCACUGUUUGGAAAGGUUUGGUUUUGCUUUUCCUGGAAGAGGAGGGGGAAAAAAAAAUAGCACCAGGCACUGUAUUGCUCUCAUUUUGUGAGAAAUAACAGGAACAUCUUGGCAUUAAAAAAAAAAAAGUCUUUGAAUUAAGUAAGAGGCAUCGCUUUUUGACCUCAGGUUUUUCAUAAAUAUGAUAGCAGCAUUCGGAUAUGCACUUCUUCCAGGUUCCCUGAUUUAAAGUGUGAAUUGACAGAUGUUUCUAUCCCCCACCGUAUCACGUGAAUUUGAAAUUAUUAAUAUAAAUUAGAUCCCAGGGAAGCAGUAGAAUUGAUUCUUUCUGGGAGUUGAAGUCCACGAGUCAUAAAAGAGCCAAGGUUGCCUACCUCUGCUCUAGUCUAAGAGCACGCUCUGAGGCUAGUAAAUCUGGGCUGCAAAAUUCUGUGUCCAGCAGCUUUCUUGGUUAGUACAGCCCACACUAGGUAGCUGGAACAAAGUCAAAUAGCCAGUCCUGGGAAGGGUAGGGGUUGAGGAAUACAAAUGGAGCUAUGAAAAAGCAAGCGGCAUGUUGGAGGAACCAUAAGGUCUACAGGCGCAUUAUAUAAAAAUGCCUUUAAAAAGAACUUAAUGAAGCAUAAUUGUUCAAUGAAUGUAUUUUAUAGCAUGAAAUGUUGACUGUCAUCUAGGAAAGAAAUGGAUCAUUAUGUCAGAAGUGUAAAUGCAACUGGUUUACGGAAUGCCAUUCUGCUAAGGCUAAAGGUGACCUCCCAAAGCCUUAGAUGCAAACUUCAGACAUCUGAGCUAUGGUAUCUUGUUCAUUCAACUAUGUUUAAAACAACACAGGUUUAUUGUGAUUUCUGAAUCCAGCAAGACUGGUGAGUCUUUAGCUUACCUUGAUGAAAAUACGUUCUCCAAUCUAGGUUUUUUUUUUUUUAAUUUGCAACAUUUAUUAAAACAAUCCUGGUUUUAACCACGCUGGAUCUCACAGAGCAGCUAAAACCAAACCAUAUAUAUAUAUACACAUACACAUACACAUACAUACAUACAUAUAUACAUAUAUAUAUAUAUACAUACAUACAUACAUACAUACAUACAUACAUACAUACUAAAAUUAAUAGUCAAUUAGAGAUGCAAGAAAAAAUGCAUGAAGCAAUCUCUAUCCAACUGGAAAAGGAUAGUUCUUUAUCAAUUCAAGAAUGGAAGAUGCCUUCUGAGGCUCCGUGUGUAUUAUAUUCCAUGAUAUAAGGGCCACCAAAGAAGGUGUGUCACAAAACUAGUUGUGGAACCACAAACAGCACCUGAAAUGGUGCCUACUAAUCACUAGUUUAGAAAUACGUGCUUGUGGGUUGAAAUGUUGCCACUGUCUCUUUGGAAUGUAGGAUGUCUCUUCCUUGCUGUUUCUAAUUGUUAUACAGUUUCUAAUGUACAUAAAAAUAGAAGAUGUGUCCUGCUGGGCAGAUCAAACAUCCACCUGUCUAAUCCAGCAUCCUGUUUUUCACAGUUGGCCAAUGCAGAUGUUUCCAGGAAGCCCACAAGUGGAGCCUGGUGAAGACAUUGAACCUUGUUCCCCCUCAACUAACUUUCAGUGGCUUCCCAAUUCAGAAGAUAAAACUAUUGUGGCGAGGAGAAGUUGGUUAUUUUCGUUUUGUUUCUGUCUAAUAAAAAUAGUAAGAAUUGUAAGAAAACUAAAACAAUGUGCUUGGAAAUAUAGAUUAGAAAUCUGAAGAACCUACUGUUUUGUGGGUGUCCAUCACUGGAGGUUUUCAAGAAAAGAUUAGACAGCCAUUUGUCCAGAAUGGUAUAGGGCAGGGGUCUUCAAACUUGGCCCUUUUAUGACUUGUGAACCUCAACUCCCAGAAAUCCUCACA